UCUCAGUUUGAGAAACAGAGCAUCAUUUUGGGUAGUUUAGAUACUCAGUUUGAUGCAAACAAGUGGCCUGGUAGGGUGCUGUUUUUGUGAUUACGCUGGGCUUUGACGAAAACGAAACUUGAUCAGACCGGACUAGGUUGUACUAGUAACGCCGUAGUGUUCUGUUGUCCUUCAUUAUUUAGCUAUCGUCCUCAGUAAAAAAACUGAAUUUCUUCGGAAAGGCAAUACUAACGAAAUGUACCUAAAUUGCGGAAACGAUGGUGACGGAGGAGGAGAUGGGUGCAAGGCUGAAUCUAUUGAAUUGGCAAAAGAUUUGAUUCGCCCAAAAAACUUGCAGUCAAACGUACCAAUCAGUAUGGACACGCCCAAUAAACAACAGUUGGUUAAAAUUGAACAAAUCCCCGAUCGCGGAUCAUGGUCGUCCAAAAUGGAUUUCAUAUUAUCAGUAGUAGGCCUAGCUAUUGGUUUGGGAAACGUUUGGCGAUUCCCUUAUUUAUGCUACAAAAACGGAGGAGGUGCAUUUAUAUUACCAUACAUAAUAACUUUGUUUUUAGCUGGGAUUCCAAUGUUUUUCAUGGAGUUAGCUCUUGGUCAAAUGUUGACUAUUGGUGGACUCGGAGUAUUUAAAAUCGCCCCAAUAUUUAAAGGAAUUGGAUAUGCUGCCGCCGUUAUGUCUUGUUGGAUGAAUGUUUACUAUAUUGUCAUAUUGGCCUGGGCGGUAUUUUACUUCUUUAUGUCCAUGAGAGCAGAUGUACCUUGGAGAACGUGUAAUAAUUGGUGGAACACACUCAGUUGUGUCAGUCAAUAUGAAAGGAAAAAUUUACAUUGCUGGGAUAAGAUAAUUAAUGGCACUUCACAAAAAGUAUGUUCUGUAUCAGCGGUAAACAUUACGUCUUCAGAACUUACAGAUCCAGUUAAAGAGUUUUGGGAGCGUCGUGCACUUCAAAUAUCAAAUGGCAUCGAGGAUAUAGGAAUUAUUCGGUGGGAGUUGGCUGGAACUCUGUUACUUGUAUGGAUCCUCUGCUACUUUUGCAUUUGGAAAGGAGUGAAAUGGACAGGGAAAGUGGUAUAUUUUACUGCCCUAUUUCCAUAUGUACUUCUGACCGUUUUGCUCGUUCGGGGAAUAACUUUACCUGGCGCUUUGGAAGGAAUUAAAUUUUAUAUUAUUCCCAACUUUUCCAAGUUGUCAAAUUCUGAGGUCUGGAUAGAUGCGGUUACGCAGAUAUUUUUCUCAUAUGGUCUUGGACUAGGUACUCUAGUUGCAUUGGGAAGUUACAACAAGUUUACCAACAAUGUUUAUAAGGAUGCACUAAUUGUCUGCACAGUUAAUUCUAGCACUAGCAUGUUUGCUGGAUUCGUUAUAUUUUCUGUUAUAGGAUUUAUGGCUCAUGAACAACAGCGACCAGUAGCUGAGGUAGCUGCAUCGGGACCUGGUCUAGCAUUUCUUGUUUAUCCAUCGGCAGUUCUGCAGUUGCCGGGAUCUCCAAUGUGGUCUUGCCUCUUUUUCUUCAUGCUUCUCCUUAUUGGAUUGGACUCACAAUUUUGUACGAUGGAGGGUUUUAUUACUGCGAUAAUUGAUGAAUGGCCACAAUUGUUGAGGAAACGUAAAGAAAUCUUUAUUGCUAUUGUAUGCGCACUAAGCUACUUAGUGGGCUUAACCUGCAUUACACAAGGAGGAAUGUAUAUAUUUCAAAUAUUGGAUUCGUAUGCAGUUAGCGGCUUUUGCUUACUUUGGCUUAUAUUCUUUGAGUGCGUUUCAAUAUCUUGGUGCUAUGGAGUUGAUCGAUUUUAUGAUGGUAUUAAAGAUAUGAUUGGGUAUUAUCCAACGGUUUGGUGGAAAUUUUGCUGGUGCGUUACUACCCCAGCUAUAUGCUUGGGUGUUUUCUUUUUUAACAUAGUUCAGUGGACUCCCAUUAAAUACUUGGACUACAGCUAUCCAUGGUGGGCGCACGCUUUUGGUUGGUUUACUGCAUUGUCAUCCAUGCUUUAUAUACCAAUAUAUAUGUUCUGGUUAUGGAAAAGAACUCCCGGUGACCUCGGCGAGAAAAUCCGAGCUAUAGUUAGGAUAGACGAAGAUGUAACUGGGUUACGCGAAAAAAUGCAGAGAGAAGCUUGUGCCAAGGAGAUUGAAUUUAACUCUUAAUAUAUAUAAGUUUUAGGUUGCUUUUUCGUAUAGCUAAAUUUGAUUUAAAUUGAUUUCCUUUAUUUUAGAAAAUGAUCCAAUAAGAGACAACGGAUAUAGGUACUUUUCUUCGAUCUUUGAAUCAUCUUUCCUAUCUUGGCUCUAACCUUUGUAAUAGUUCUCUCUUUUUUUAACUCUAAAUAAUCAAGCGGAAUAAACCUGGGUUUUAAAUGAGUAUUGCAGUUUCACAUGUGGUACUUACUCAAAAAUUGUGAGUUCAAAAUAUCUUGAGUGAUUGGAAUCUUCAGUUUCUGAAUAUUCUGCUUGUAAGCUAUUGUAUCUCCAAAAGUACAGUGUAGAAGCUUAAAUCCAAUUUUAAUUUGGUUGGCUUUUAGCCUGCCAGAGUCAAGUUCUCAUCCAUUAGCUUAGGUUACUGAUAUAAAAGAUAAAAAAAAUACAUAUUUAAUAUUGCAGAUGUAAAAAAUAAAGCACUCAGCCAUUGAAUUGCACAUUUUGAAAAUUGAUUAAUAACAAAAAUCGUAUGCGCUAGCAGUAUUAAAAGUUUUUCGAUUAUAAUUAAUUAAAAUAAUUCGUGAAGUGCCCUUGCUAUGUGUGGCGCUAUCCUAAAACUUCAUGUAAAAACUUAAUGGGAUGUCCGCAAGAAGAAUACAAUUUUUUAAAGCUUCCUUUCAUACUUUCAUGACUGCCACAACUGCUGGGCUUGCACUUAUUUAUCUAAAAGAGUAAAACAAUGUUUCAGUUUGAUUAAAAUACGUUUUUUUAAACUAUUGACAAUAAAAGGUAAUUUGCAAUAUAGUUAUGUUUCGGAAUAAGAAAAGUAAUAUAAGAUUGUCGUUAUUUAUAUAAUUAUUUUAAAGCCCCUAAUGGUGUUUCAUGCCCUUUUUUGUAAUUUAUCUAAAAAAUGUUUAUAUGUUGCUUACCUGUCAAAUAAAUUAAAUAUUUAUUUAUUA